AUGGUGAGAACAAGAACAGAAGACCCGGAAGAUGCUACUUCCGCACGAUUGGAUAGGAUGGAGAGAAUGAUCAUGGAAAUGGCAGACACUUUAUGGCAACAACAGCAACAGCCACAACCACAACCGCCGCCGCCACCGGUACGUCCACCGGUGGCACAAGAUUUUCAUGUUGAGGACCGAACUAUCACACUCACGAGGGAAUUUAAGAAGAUGAAGCCGCCAUCAUUCAAGGGAGGAAUAGAACCAAUGAAAACUGAAGCGUGGGUGUUGGCAAUAGAAAAACUGUUUGAAGUAUUUCCUUGUACCGAAGCCCAAAAAGUAUUCUUGGAAUUGUUUUAUGACAAGUACUUUCCUCAAAGUAUAAGAGACAAGAAGGUGACGGAAUUUGAAACUCUUAGACAAGGAAAUAAAACCGUUGUAGAGUAUGAAGCUCAAUUUGCAGACCUAGCCCGGUUUGCACCUCAUAUGGUGGAUACGGAUUAUAAGAAGGCACGUAAAUUUGAAGAGCGAUUAUGGAGUGCUAUCCUGGACCGAGUUAACAUGUUGAAGUUACCCACUUAUGUCGAUGUACUGGAAAGGGCUGUUAUAGCAGAGGGAAACCUUACUGCUCAGAAUCAGAUUGCUGAAUGGAAAGGAAAGAGGCAGAACAAUCAAUUGCCAAAAGGGUCAUUCACUCCACCUAGCAAGAAACAAAAUUCAGGGACUUCUGGUACUUCCACCCUUACUCCAGAUUCAGCUCCGAUCUAUUCAAAAUGUGGAAAGAAGCACCGUGGGACUUGUUAUCGAUUGUCUGGAGCGUGUUUUCAAUGUGGCAAAACGGGUCACUUGGUAAGGGAUUGCCCUAAGAGGAAUCAACAGAAUGGUAAUAGGGCCACUACAAGUUUAGCAGGGUCUACACUAGCUCCCAACAUCAAGUCAGCUGCCAAGCCUGUUAACAAUAAAGACACUGCAAGACAAGGCAGGGUAUUUGCAUUGGUUCUAGGAGAUGUACAGAAUGCUGCAACCGUGGUGUCAAGUACAUUUAUUGUUCAUGGUCAUUCUGUGCAUGAAUUGUUUGAUUCUGGCUCCACCCACUCUUUUGUGUCAAAAUUGUUUGCACAAAAUUUAGAUAGGUCUGAAGAAGUAUUACAAUAUGUGCUAUGCGUAUCCUCACAUUUGGGGGAUUCUAUGAUCUGUACUUAUGUAUAUUUUUCUUGUGAACUCCUAAUUGGGGAUAUCUGGGUAUAUGCCAACUUAUUACCUCUUGACAUGACCCACUUCAAUAUUAUUCUGGGUAUGGACUGGCUGAGUGAAUAUGGUGCAACUAUUGACUGUUUGACUAAGCAAAUCAGUUUUCAUCCUCCGGGACAAUCCGAAUCUACCUUUCGGGGACAGGGAGUGGUUUCCCCACCUUAUUUGAUUUUUGCAGUAAAGGUCUGUAAAUUGAUUCAGAAAGGGUGUCAGGGAUAUUUAUGCAGUGUUUUGGAAGGGCAAGUGAUAAAUGGGGGUACCAACAUGAUUCCAGUUGUCUGUAAAUUUCUGGAUGUUUUUCCGGAAGAAUUACCGGGGGAGUUAAUAGACCGUGAAAUCGAGUUUACAAUUGAAGUGGCACCGGAACUCAACCUAUUUCUAAAACUCCAUAUUGGAUGUCACCAGUUGAAAUGA